UCUUCUCGCUCCUGCUGAGGGAUCUUGGCAUGGAAAGCUGCAACUUUCAGUGCUGGGUCUCGCUUUUGCAUUGAGACCACAAGAUCGUCCGUGUCGCUGCGCUUGUGCACAUACACGACGCCACACGCAGCAGCGUGGUUCUUCUUGAUAUAGCGACACAGAGCGCCGAUGGGGUCAGCCAGUUGCUCCUUGUCGUGCACUGUGUAGGAUAUAUUGGCACGGUUGAAGUCUGCCAGCAGCACGUCAGAUCCAUCAGGAGCAAAGUGAAGCUGCUUGGUGAUGUCCUCCCGCACACGCUCCGUCGCCGUAGCAGUGAGUGCAAUCAUGGGGACUUUAGGGAACAGCUUCCUGAGCUUCCCCAAGUUUCGGUAUGCCGGCCGGAAGUCGUGCCCCCACGAGCUGAUGCAGUGAGCCUCGUCCACUGCGAACAGGGCGAGCCCGCCACGUUUCUCCAGUUGCUGUAGUAGCGUCUGCAUCUGCUCGCCUUGCAGCGUCUCUGGCGUUGUGUAGAGCAUCUCGAUACGCUCUGUGGUUGUCUUGGUCUCGAACUGCUCCAGCAGCCGAGCGACGAUGCGUUCGCGCUGGCCUUGGGCUACCAGCGACGACAACAUCUCCACCCCAAUAUGUUUCCGGCGCACUGCAGCCACCUGGUCCUGCAUCAGCGCCAGCAACGGACUCACGACUACUACGAGGCCGGGCAGCAACAGUGCAGGGAGCUGGUAGCACAGCGACUUGCCCCCGCCCGUGGGCAUCAGCACCAAAGUGUCCUUACCGGACAACACCCGGCGCAGCGCAGCACCCUGCAACCCGCGCAGCGUCGAGAAGCCGAAACGCUGCAGUGCAGCGCGGAUCUUGGCCCGGCGCGCUUGCUGCCGCCGCGUCUUGGUGUCCAUGGCGUCGAUGUGUGCGCACGAACAGGUGACCAGCGUGUAAUAUGUCUGUACCCAUGUGCCAAAUUGGUCCAGACCAAUUUUAACUCGGACUAUUAAUGGACAGUAUCGGAUCUUGAAGCGACGCAAUAGUGUUGCAGUCACCGGACGAUAGAUAUGGUGCGGAAGGCGUCUCGGCUGGCGCCGGGGCAGCAGUCCGUGGAGGAGGUUCUGCUGAACCGCCUGGCGAACGGGGAGAGUGAGGCAGCAGCGACCCGCUCUUCGUCCGCGCUGCCUCCGGGUGGGGUUCGACGUCGGUCUCAGGGCGGGGCAGCGCCUCGAACGACCGGAUCCGACAAGCGUACGAUUGUUAGUGUAGCUCAAACUAGCACUGAACGGUAGAAUUUGACUUGAUGCGAUGCAUGUUAAUAGGUUUGGUGGGUAAUACUCGAGCAGCAGCAGCCCCCGUCUCGACUGCACCGGCGGUAGCGAGCGCUGCCCCACCAGGGGGGUCCGCUCCUAUGUCGAUGGAGUUCAUGCACCAAAUAUCGAGUGAGAUUGCUAGCCUCGACCAGCGUUUGCAGCGUGUGGCCACAAAUCUGACUGCUGCCCCCGGUCGUGGGACGGGUAAGCGGGUUGCGAAGUCGCCGGACGAUGAACGCACUGUCCACCAGCUUGGCAUUGAGAAAUUCUUGCAGGACAGCAUACAGGAGGUUUCUCGAGGACACAGAGCUAGUGGUAGUGCAGAUCGAGCGAGUCGCGCGCGGGGGUCAGCGUCGGUGAAUCCGAAAACCAGUGCGCAGGUAACUCACAGUGUGCGAGAUAUUCGCUCUACCGUCCGACGGCUGGACAAAGUAUUCCACGAAGUGGCUUCAGGGGAUAAGCAGCGCCAUCUCGCAGCUACGAAGAUAUCGAUGAUGUGUCGAGGGUUCGUGGUACGACGCCGAUUUCAGAAGUUACAAGCUGCUCUCGGGGGAUGGAGAUCUCGCAAGUGCGUCCUCUUUCUAACGUACAUGGAGCAGUUCGCGGCGCGAGAAGAGUUUGUCAACAAACAGAUCGUGGUGAUGCAGGAGGAGCGAACUCGUUCAUUCUUACGUCGCGUGCUAGCUGAGAUUCGCGACGUGGUGCUCAUGAAUUUACCGCUGAAAAUGUCCCGACUUGAGGAGACCGAGCAUCGUUUCCGUGAAAAGCAGUGCAAUCUUCUGAAGUACGUAUUCUUACCUUGGAAAUCAGCAGCUCUUGGGCCGCGUAGUCGCAAGAAAGCAUCGGCAGAUUCUCGAGCACGCCAUUACGCAGCCCGACAGCGUCUCGAGGCCAUGGACAGAUUCGACGUUAUCACGCAGGAAAUGGUGCAUGAAGAGUUCGUCAAAGACAACAUCCGUCGAAUUCGUGCCCGCCACCCGAUGCACGUGCUGAAGCGCUACUUCCACUUGAUGAAGAACGUUGUUUAUGUUCCCACGAAGAGGAACAUGGAGAUCGCUAUCGCCUACGACCAUCGAGUCACACUUAAACGCGUUGUGGACGAGUGGGUACGCGUCUUCCGAGCGACGCAGAUUGACAAGGCUAUUGCCAGUGUUGUGGAUCGCCGCACUCUCGAGCGAUACGAUCAGCAUUUCAAUCUCCGUAAAAUUGACGCUCACUACCAACGCACUCACAUGCUUAAGCACCUCCGCGCUUGGGCCAAGCAUUGUCAGCUUAUCCGGCGAGUACGUAGUCUGUUCGAGGGUAGCACGAAGGAGACACUGUUGUGGCUGAUGAAACGCUGGCACAUACGGGCUCAGUACCAACACGCCUUGAGGGAAAACGCAGUGGAGGAAUGGAAUGCAUAUUCGCGCCGAAUUUACAUGAUUCCGUUCCGACGCUGGUACGUAUUCAUGGCACGCAGGCGUGCAGCUCGAGCUGCCAAAGAGAGCAUUUGUGUAGCCUAUGAACGUCGCCAGCGACGGAACAUCAAGUACAAUUUCUUCCGGCUGUGGAAGCACCAGGUUCUCUUCGGCCACAUUGAAGGGCUGCACUCGAAGAUCCACCUGCUACGCAGCCUAGAAGACCAGAAGCGGAUGUGUCUCGGGCUGGAAGCCAAUGCAGAACUAUAUCGAGAUAAUAUUGCCGCGCUGAAGGCUUCAAUUGUGCAGCUAGAAGACAAAUUGAUGGACAAACAGCAGGAGCUUGCACGAUUGCACGAGACGACCCAAGCCACGCGUUUUGGGAUUCACAAGGCUGAACAGAGUAUUGCUCGAGUACAAGGCAUGCUGGAAGCCGUGAGAGUCGUUCACCCGGGCACAGUGGAGCGGAUCGAGACAAUGUACAGGGACAAUCCGCUGCUAUCGAAAGACCUCAAGGACGUCAUCACCUUGCACGCUAACAAGCGGCAGGAGCUAUUAUCGAAGAUUGAGCUGGACAGAACGGAGUUGGAGGUGCAGACUGCGUCCAAGGGAGCUGGGACACAGGAAGAUCAGAUGCUGCUGCACCGCGUCAAGUGGGUGCUGUCUCGAAUAGAUCUCGGCAUGCACGAUCAAUCUGCCAACAACCAGCACGAUAGUAGGGCGAUGCACGGCAAUCGGGUGGAGACGAUGAAUCAGCUGUGCGCUCUGUUCGAGUUCAUUCGAAAUGGUGACACGGCCCCGUUGGCUCCAGAAAACAACCCGGAACAUCGUGAGCAAGGGCAACCCAGCAGAACAGCAAGCUCCACGCUGCACACCAACAACCAUAGUGACCGUAUCGUACGUCGGACCGAUGUCAUGGACGGGUCCACUACGUGGCACUCGUUCUUACAGUCGCUCGUGAUCAAGUUCGUUCCGGAGAACUUGAUGUCUGUGAAGGAGCGUCUCGUACGCCGUGCUGCCGAGAUGGAUGCCGAGGUCGCUGAGAUCAAGGCUAACCCACAGCUACACCACCUGUACAGGUGAGGAGGGUGCUGAUACUUUGAUUGAGCUCAUCAUGCAAGGUCUAAUGCGAUCUGUGUACAUGUGCAGGAGCUCUCGGUGACUUCAACUUUAAAGUAAAGGUUAACAACUUCAAUUUGCAAGGACUUCAACAACACUAAAAGAACUGCAUCUGGAUAAAGCACAUGAACGGACUUCUCCUUUAAAUGAACGAGCGAACGGAAGGGACGCAGUCCUCAAAGUGGGGAAGCACCCGAUUCCAUCCAUCCUUGUUCUAUCUAGCCCUGCUGCCAUACCACUGCCAAACCACCAACCAAACCAGCUACUCCGACCUCUCGUGGCCUAAAAACCAGUCGCCGUCCUGCUGCCUGCUUGCCUGUCCUGUCUGGCCCUGUUGAGCCUUAGUAGGCGUUUGCCGCGCCGAAAGCCGACGAGAUCCACGAGAUGAGAGAGAGAGACGCUUGCACUGCACUGCACUACCUGGCCUGCCUGUUUACUCGUUCUGGUGAAUCUUAGCAGCAAGGAAGAGCUUCUGGAAGGACUUGCCGGCGUAACGGUUGAUGUGCUCGCAGUACGUGUUCAUCUGCUUGGUGAUGAGGAGCGACUCGAGGCGCGAGGGCUGGUUCACCGACUUGAAGAAGUUGGGGUCCUCCUCGGGCACGGGCUCCUCGCCGUUCUCGCGACGAACCUUGUUCUCCUCCCGCUGUCUAUUCUGCCACUGCUGGUAGGCCGCGCGCUGCUUAGAUAAUGCGCGCUCGUAGCCCUGGAAUUUGUAGUGCU